ACUUUUCAUCAUCGCAUCGCUCGCCAUUAACAGGACGCUCAUCCACACGCCUUGCAACCUAAAUGGUUGCGUACCGUGAGGUUUCAGAGGAAUUUCCUCCCACGGACGCUCCGGCUGUGGAAUGAGCUCCCUGCCGAGGUAAUUGUAGUAACAAAUUGAGGUAUCAGUUACAACAAUAUGGAUGGUUCGGCAGCCCAACUGGCAGUAGCGAAGAUAAAAAGAAUUCAAGCCGCUUUCCAAGUGCUGCUUGUCUUGCAUCUAACUGCCAUACAUUUUCCCGAUCAAGCUACUGUGUCAGAUGAAGACAGCUUUACUUAUAUAAUAGUUGGGGGAGGGACUGCAGGAUGUGUGAUUGCUAACCGACUGUCAGAGUACAGUCAAUUCAACGUGUUGCUCAUCGAGGCUGGUGGUGACCCACCUUUGGAGUCCAUGUUUCCAGGAUUAUCGGGUCUACUGCUGGAUACACAAAGUGACUGGAAUUACACAGAGCAGUAUGACUGUAAUCGAAAACAAUAUCAAAAUGAUUAUGCUUUGCCACUGACUCAAGGAAAAAUGCUGGGUGGCUCCAGCGCCAACAAUUAUAUGUCCUAUGUCAGAGGUCAUCCUCACGACUACAAUUCUUGGGCAAAGAAACUCAAAGAUCCUUGCUGGCGUUACGAAAAUGUACUAUCAUACUUCAAGAAAAGUGAAAAUUUAAAAGAUCCCGGAAUACUUGCGUCUAAAACUGGAAAAUUCCAUGGAACUGCAGGAUAUCUACAUAUAGCUAGAUCUAUGUAUCCUGAAACUGAAGAUUAUGCAUGCAUGUUCUCUGAGCUAGGACAUAAUAUACGAAUAGAUAUUAAUGGAAAUGAAACAUUAGGAUUUGGUGAAUGCACAUUUGCUAUAUACAAACAAACUCGAGAGAGUACAGCAUAUAGUUUUCUUAAACCAGUCAAACAUCGAAAGAACUUACAUGUCCUCAAAAAUACAUUUGUUACUAAAAUACUGUUUGAUGAUUUUAAAAAUGCCAUAGGAGUGGAAGCGUUGACUCAGGACCGAAAGCUGAUUAAAAUAUUAGCAGAUAAAGAGGUAAUAGUAACUGCUGGAGUAUUCAAUUCGCCCAAGCUGCUAAUGCUGUCUGGUAUCGGUCCUAAAGAGGACUUAAGACGUUUAGGGAUCAGAGCUAUUGCGGAUUUGCCCGUUGGUCAAAACUUUAAGGAACAACCAGCUGGUAUAGUUGCAUACAAGUUUAAAAAACUGACCAAGCCGUUUGUAAAAAAACCUGAUUGCGGGAAAUAUCCCUUUCCUGCUUUAGUUGGUUUCAUAGCUCUUAACAAGACUCAAAGCUAUCCAGAUACUGAGUCAAUAUGUUUAAUAUUUUCUGGUGAUUCAAGUAAGGCUUUAGAAACAUGUUCCUUCAGCUUUGGAUUAAGUUACCAAACAUGCCAAGCUAUAUACGAAGCUAGUAAAGAGAGAGAAAUAUUAUUAUGUAUUCAAAUACUGUUGCACCCUAAAUCAAGCGGCACAAUUAGGCUAAAAAGUAGAAAGCCUGAGGAUAGUCCGAUAAUCUCUUUAAAGAGUUACUCAGAAGAAGAUGAUUUGGAAAUAAUGGUAGAUAGUUAUAGAGAAGUGGAUAGAAUUAGAAAUUCCUCUUACUAUAAGAGUGUUGGCGGAGAACCACUUGAUCUUAAGCUUCCUAAAUGUGCAGGGUUGCAGUAUGGGAGUAGAGAAUACUGGCGUUGUCAGACGUUUGGGACUAGGUGGUCGGUUUGGCAUUUCGUCGGCUCAUGCGGCAUGGGGCGAGUGGUGGACCCUAGGCUCCGUGUGUACGGUGUGGGACGAUUGCGUGUGGCGGACAGCUCCUCUUUGCCCGACCUCCCAAGUUCGAAUAUUAUGGCACCCGUCAUCAUGGUUGCUGAAAAAGCUGCUGACAUGAUUAAAGAGGAUAAUUACGUCAAACCUCCAUUAAAAGAGCAUACUCAUACCUUAAAAGCCAGCAACCCACUUUUAAAGCCUCUUAAAGUGUCCAGUAGCGGCAGCAACAGCUUACUAUUACUUGAUCUAUCUCAUUUACCAAAUAUAUAUUAUAAAAAAGAUAAUGCACAGUAAAUAAAGAUAAUAAUAAACUGUUUUUUAUAAUAUGUUUAUAUGUUUUUAUAUUGUUUUGUAAGUGUUUUUUUUUUAUUUUACUUUUAUACUCAUAUUGUAAAAAACCUAGCAUAAGAGAAAAGAUAAAUAAAGGAAAUAAUAACUGUUAAUAAUUAAGUAUAUUUUUUUUGUAUUAAGUUUAAGUAACUACUUAUUUAUUGGGUACUUAAAUACUAAGGAUUAAAAAUAAAAUAUAAACAACAUAAUUUGGCAAUGAUUUUCAAAUGAUAUUUUUUACUUUA